CAGGUCGCAGGCCGCGGGCCGCAGCCGCAGUGCAAUACAAUCCAAUACACUCACUACGCAGACCCGUGCAGCAUCCCAGCUCAGCCGGCCGCCGGCUUUCCCGACCUCGACACGGGCCCAGUUCACACUUGCGUCUUCGUCCUGCACGUGACGCACCAACGUCAUUGCGCAGUCGCGCGGGGGGCAUAUAGCUGCGCUCGCCACUUGACUUCUCCCACUAGCAAGCCAGCAAGCCAGCAAGCCAGCAAGCCACUAUGAGGCUCGCAGUUCUAUCACUUGCGCCGCUCGCGCACGCAUUCGUGCUCCCUUCGUGGGAUGUGGGCCGGUGGGCGGCCGACGCCGUCGACAGCGCCGAGGGCGUGCUCGGCGGCGACGAGACGCAGAAGACGAUCUGGGCGCAGAUCAAGGAGGACGAAAAGUAUACGCGGCUCGUGAAGAUCCUCGAGUUUGAAGGCACGGUGAAGAAGGAGCUCGACCACGCCGACAGCGGGUACGACAUUACGUUCUUCGCGCCGAACAAUGAGGCGCUUACGCCGCCGAAGCACGACCACGACCACGACGGGGACCAUGAUGGGGACCACGAUGGAGACCACGACCACGACCACGACGGCGACCACCACAGCGUCGCGCCGACGCUCGCGUACAUCUCGCAGGCGCUGGACGAGCAGCCGUGGCUGCUGGAGGACAACGAGUUCUACUUUGGCGGCAAAGACAAGGACGACGACAAAAACAAGAAGCGGCGCAAGCGGAUCAUGAAGAAGAUUGCGCACGCGGUGCUGAAAUACCACAUCCUGCCGCAAGCGCACGACGCGCAAAGCCUCGCGCAGAACAGCACGAUGGCGACGGCGCUGCGCCCGCACGACGGGAGCGCGGACGGGCUCCCGCGGCGCAUCCACAUCGCGAAGAGCGUGGUGCCGCCCGCGCUCACGCUCAACUUUUAUGCGCGGGUGCAAAGCUCCGCAUCGGCGCGCAACGGACAGCUGCACGAGCUCGACCACCCGCUCCUGCCCCCCGGCUCGAUCUUUGACGAAAUGUUCGUCGCGUCCAAGUGGCUGUCGACGACGACGUCGGCCGUGCAGCGCGCCGGCGGCGCGCGGCACCUCGACUGGGGUUACGACCGCGAGAAGAGCAAGCCUGGCAAACCCGUGUUUUCGGGUACGCCGCUCGCGACGUUCUUCGCGCCCUCCAAUGCCGCGUGGGACGCUCUCCCCCCCCGCCUCCACUUCUUCCUCUUCUCCCGCUUUGGGCGGCACGCACUCGCCAAGCUCCUCAUGUACCAUGCUGUGCCGCACACGCUUGUUCUUUCCGAGGAGGUGCACCACGCCAAGCACAAGCACAAGGGCGGGAAGCACGCGGACGCCGAGGGCGACGACCCGAGCUUCCGCCGCGAGUUUGAUGUGCACUCCGCGUUGAACGGGACCAAGCUCCACAUUGUCGCGGAGAAGAAACGUAUCGUGCCCAUCGAAGGCGCGGUGCGCAUCUCGAUGAAGGUCAACGACCAGGAUGUCAAGGUGCUCGACGUGCCUGCGUCCAAUGGUGCGUGGCACGUCAUCGACAAGGUCCUCUGCCCGCCGCACGAGCACAAGAAGGGCUACAACGCGUACGCCGACCCCUGGGCCGACUGGGAGGACUGGUUCCCCGCCUGGGCCGAGGGCGUGCAGGUGCAGGCGUAAGCGUGAUCGGCUGGACCGUAGUGGUCAGGCAAUCAGAAGUAGAAGCAAAAGUAUGAGGCUCAGCAGUAUGCAAAAGUGGCGGCGUGUGUGCAACGUGGCGGAAAUUGGUUGAUCGAGACGAGCUCAAGUCGUUCAAGCUCAGAUUGAAACUUGCCAAAACUUGCCAAAACUCCAAGACCGGACUCUUGCGGAACUUCCUUGGUGCCUUCAUGUAAUUUUCCCCCGCCCCGUCCUAAGCUCCGCGUGUUCCAAUCCCUCCCUAGCCGCAAUCUCUGAUCGGGCCUGAUCUACACGGCAC